GCUCAGCGAGCUCGGCUGCCACCACCUCGUCGUAACUUGGUGGUGCCUCCUCCGUCGGUGGACUUUUUACCAUAGCAAUGAAGUCGAUUUUAAAGCACUCGCGUUCUCUGGAGCCAGAUGAAGCAGAAGACGACGCAGGUGGUGUGAAAGGUUCGGGAGUAGCAGGCGCGGGAGGCGAAACAAAACGUCAAGCUCAACGAAGCCUAAAGUGGGAUGAGGAAAAUUUGAAGCUCACGGAAGCCCAAAAAUGCGCCAAAAUGAAGAUCACAGAGCCCAAGACGCCGUUCCAACGCACCCUGCUCCCUGACGAUGACGUCCCCGAAUUCAGCCUGGACGACUCGGACAACGGAAUGUCCGUGGACGAGCCGGAGGCUCCCGCGGAAACGGCCGACGAACCGAGCAGGUUGUCGGCCGCGGAGCCGGACAGCGUCGAUCAUGACGCAAGUGCCGCUCGCGUGCGCAUGGCCCCUGAAAAUGCCGAUUCCCCCGCAAAGGAUGAUGCGGAUGCUGCGAAAAAGCAGCGUUUUGAGCAGAUGCGUAAAAUGCACUACAUGGGCAUGGCCAAGGCCCCGCCCAGCAGUGACGAGGAGGAGAGCGAAGAUGACGACGAAUAGUAUAAAUCAGCAGCUACGACUAAUGAACAAAGCUACGAAGGA